GAGAAGACUUUUCUUUUUUUUUUUCUGUAGAUUUAUUACCCUCCGAUUGAACACAAAAUUAGGGUUUCAUUUUCCCCCUUUUCGACUUGCUUCUUCCCCUUUCAGAGCCGCUUCACUAUGAUUCUUCCUUCUUCUUCUUCUUCUUCUUCUCGACCUUUUGAUUCUUCUUCUUGAAUUUUGCAGAUUUUUUUCCCUCGUUAAUUUAUAAUAAAUCUGCAAAAAAAAUCUCUUCGAUCCAAAUGGGAAAAUUUUGCUGCUUCACUUCCCCUUCCGAGGUUGUGGGAGGACAAUCAUCAUCACGAUCUGGUAAAGGAAGAAGCGAUGAAGGGCUGAUCAAGUACGGUUUCAGUCUAGUGAAAGGCAAAGCUAACCACCCCAUGGAGGAUUAUCACGUCGCUAACUUCAUCAACAGCCAAGGCCACGAGCUAGGCCUUUUCGCUAUCUACGACGGUCACAUGGGUGAUACUGUCCCUGCUUACUUGCAGAAGCACCUCUUCUCCAACAUCCUCAAGGAGGGAGAGUUCUGGGUGGAUCCACGAAGGUCUAUAGCAAAGGCCUACGAGAAGACGGACCAGGCCAUUCUAUCUAAUAGUUCCGACUUGGGACGUGGCGGGUCUACGGCUGUGACGGCUAUAUUGAUCAACGGGAGGAAGCUGUGGGUAGCUAACGUUGGGGAUUCGCGAGCGGUUCUUUCGAGAGGAGGUUUGGUAAUGCAGAUGAGUACGGAUCAUGAGCCUCGUGCCGAACGGUCGAGUAUUGAGGAUAGAGGUGGAUUUGUAUCCAAUCUACCAGGUGAUGUUCCUCGGGUGAAUGGUCAGUUAGCUGUGUCUCGUGCCUUUGGAGAUAAGGGUCUUAAGACGCAUCUGAGUUCAGAGCCUGAUAUUAGAGAUGUUACUGUAGAUAGCCAGACUGAUGUUCUUGUCUUGGCCAGUGAUGGGAUUUGGAAGGUGAUGACAAAUGAGGAGGCGAUGGAGAUAGCUAAAAGGGUGAAAGAUCCACAGAAGGCGGCUAAGGAGUUAACAGCUGAAGCAUUGAGAAGAGAGAGUAAAGACGACAUAUCUUGUGUCGUGGUCCGUUUCAGAUGACAAAAACUCUGGGAUUCAUCAAGAAGAGCACAAAAAAAAGCUGGAUUUCUGACUCUGAUAAUUUUGGUUCCGGUUUGGACCGGUCUAAAGUUUUGGUUUCUGACAGCUUUCUUACUAUAUAGCGCUUUAUGGUGCGUUCGUUGUUAUGUAAAUUGUGUAUGUGUUUAAAGAGGAGUUUGGUUGGGUGAUGAUAUGGUGGGGUUGUGUUUAUUAUUAUUGGUUGAUUUGUUAUAUUUAAUCAUCGUGAUAUAAAAUAGUAGGGCCUAUUUUGAAUAAUAUUUAUAUAUGUGGUAGUA